CCAGAAUAACACGCUGUCCUUAAUAUAGACAUAGUUUGCCAUGAUUUCAGCUAACUGUCCGUCAGGCUCACUCCUCUGCCACAGCAACAUGGGAGUCUGAUAGAGCACCUAUCACAUGCUGUCCUAAAUAUAGGCCAUGGCCUGUCUUGAUUUCAUCUGACCGACUGUCAAACUCAGUGACUCAGUGCCACAGCAAUAUACAAGAGGUUUUCAGACUGAGAGACUGCAAGCGACACGAUCACAGACCCGCCAAUCGCAAUCCUCUGCUUUGCCAUGGCGAUAAAAGAAAAAAGUAUUUCUGACUGAUUAGCACUGGGGUUUAACAAGAGAAAAGUGUCUCUGAAUGACUAUUGACUGGCUGGAUAUCUUCUCAUUCCGUUUGCUCAGUUGUUCAUGCACCUCGGUUUGAAAGAGACAGUUUCUUUUCUUUCCUUGAUUUGAUUUGUGCGACUGUGAAGCUCACUCCUCUCUGCCACACAGCAGCGACACAAGAGGCUUUCUGGGACAUGGAUUGGGAGGAAGGCAGAACCAUGGAGGGACUGUGUAUAACCCACUGGGUGAACAGCCCAGUCCGCCACCAGGCCCUGUUCCAAGGAAGGGACUUGGACGACUGUGUGGAGGACCAUGACCUGUUCGCCCUGCCCGGGCCCGCCUUCCGCGACCCUGGGGUAGUGAGGCCCGACCCUGAGGUAGUGAGGCCCGACCCUGAGGUAGUGAGGCCCGACCCAGAGGUAGUGAGGCCCGACCCUGGAGUAGUGAAGCUAGAAGGGGUCUGCGACAGUACUACCACAACCCAACCCCAGCGGACUGAGCCUGUUUACCAGGUGCUUCUGGACGUGUCCCAGUUCAGACCUGAGGAUAUCAUGAUUCAGGUGUUUGAAGGAUGGCUCUUGAUCAAGGCUCAGCAUGGAGCCAGAAUGGAUGAACAUGGGUUUGUUACCCGAAGCUUCACCCGCCAGGACCCACUGCCUGAGAAACUACAGCAGGCGGGGGGGGGUCUGAGGGCUCUGCUAUGUCAUGAUGGGAUACUGGUGGUGGAAUCCAAACAGAGAACACCUGUUAGGAUACAACACAGUGAGGAGGACCCCUAUUGAUUAUUGACUGUUGAUUAUUGACUAUUGAUUAUUGACUCUUGAUUAUUGACUCUUGAUUAUUGACUGUUGAUUAUUGACUGUUGAUUAUUGACUAUUGAUUAUUGACUGUUGAUUAUUGACUGUUGAUUAUUGACUAUUGAUUGUUUGCUGUUGAUUAUUGACUGUUGAUUAUUGACUAUUGAUUAUUGACUCUUGAUUAUUGACUGUUGAUUAUUGACUAUUGAUUGUUUGCUGUUGAUUAUUGAUUAUUGACUGUUGACUAUUGACUCUUGAUUAUUGACUCUUGAUUAUUGACUGUUGAUUAUUGACUAUUGAUUGUUUGCUGUUGAUUAUUGAUUAUUGACUGUUGACUAUUGACUCUUGAUUAUUGACUGUUGACUAUUGACUCUUGAUUAUUGACUGUUGAUUAUUGACUCUUGAUGAUUGAUUAUUGAUUAUUGACUGUUGAUUAUUGACUGUUGAUUAUUGACUGUUGAUUAUUGAUUAUUGAUUAUUACUGUAUUGAUCAGGUAAAGAUGAUGUAACGUUGUUGAAUUAUAUAACAGCAGUAAUGAUAUAUUUAAAAAUCUAUUUGAUUAAAAUACGUUUUUUCCUCCUC